ACGGAACGGCCCAUCUCACCACACAGCGCGCAUCGCGUUUCCGCCUCGACCUCCGUUGACGACAGACCAACCAACGAGGUGUCGCAAACCUGCGAAAGCCUCGGCAACCCUACCAAGUUAUAACCGAACCACGGUCUCUGACAGAUCUAUCGAGAAUCAAACGCCUCUCGAGUCCGAAACGAUCACCCACCCACCUAAGCUUUGCAUCCAACAAGGGUACCCUCACUGAACGCCACAUCUCUCCCGUUCGUCAUUGAACAAAUACCUAGCUAGGGGAGAGAGCGAGGGCACAGACAAAAUGAGUUUUGUCCCCGUCAAUCCACGGCCGUUCCUCCAGGACUUGGUCAACAAGGACGUGAUCGUGCGUCUCAAGUGGGGCGAGACAGAGUACAAGGGCAGGCUGGUCAGCAUCGACAGCUAUAUGAACAUCCAGCUGAGCAACACGGAGGAGUACAUUGACCGCAAGCUUACGGGACAGUUGGGGCAGGUUUUGAUACGGUAGGUUAUUCACAUGUCUCCGGACAGGAGUGGAAUGGACUGCAGGUGAGAAAAGGGGACUAACGGGUUAGCAGGUGCAAUAACGUACUUUACGUGACGGCUGCGGACAAGGGCGGGGAGGGGGAUCGGGAC